GUCACAUGAUCCUGUUGUCAGUCUUUGGCCAUGCUCCUUUAAGUCGAGGUCCAAAUCAAGCAGCGCAAAUUCGGCCGUCGACAAACGCUAACGCAACAGCUUUGAUUAUUUAACUGGACUUUGGAGCGCAACGGCAACGUUUUGACCGUUUUUUUUUUGUCAGUGCCAGAGGUUUUACUCGUUUUUCCGGGCUCGUUUUGACGCUGACGUUAGCAUUCAGAUAGUUAGCAUACUAGCUCUGUUAGCUUAAGUUGUUGAGCUCUUUUUCGUCCACACUCUCACCAGAACCAACUGGGAGACAAACAUGACGACAACCGGUGGUGUCCACACACGGUGGCUGACAUUUACCCUGCAUCUUGUUUUAGCCGCUAUAGCCGUGCACCAGAGUUUGGCUACCGUGGCACCACCCACCAAGGCGCCGCACAAAGAACCUGGCAGACCACUGACAGGGCACUACCAGGUGACCGGCACCAAUGGCAGUGUCUGCUUGCUGGCGUACAUGGGCCUUCAGCUUAACAUCACCUUCAACUCCACCUCCUCAAACCAGACGGUGCAUGUCGUCAACCUUGAGCCCAACGCCACAAAAGCUUCCGGAUCAUGUGACUCAGACAGCGCAAUGCUGCGACUCUCCACGGACGCCGAUACAACCAACCUGACCUUUUCCUUCAUGCUUAACGCUACGUCCAAUAAGUACCACCUGAGUGAAAUUUCUCUGUCAGCAGAUUGGCCAGACAUGAAAGGGCCCUUUUUCGCACGUAACAACAGCCUGGACUACCUUCGGGGAACCCUGGGAUUCUCGUACAUGUGCCACGAGGAGCAGACUCUCAAUGUGGACCAGGCCUUGUCCAUCAACACUUUCCAGUUGCGGGUGCAGCCCUUCAACGUCACCCAGAACAAGUUUGGCGCAGCCGAGCACUGCCAGCUGGAUGAAGAUGACAUGCUGAUCGCCAUCGUGGUCGGGGCGGCCCUGGCUGGCCUGGUCCUCAUCGUGCUGGUUGCCUACCUCAUCGGGAGGAGGAGGAGCCAUGCUGGCUACCAGAGCAUUUGAAGUGGUAUCCUCUCAAAUAGAACCCGAGAUCUCCCUCGCCACCAUUAACCACUGUCACGUUUGACACGCCGCCUACUCUCCGUGUGCUCCACACUCCUGUAUCCUUGCCUAACGCUGGGAACGCCCAGAACCUUCCUUAACACUGGGAAUGCAUACGCUUACUGAUAAAAGGGAUGUUGGAUUUGUGAGGAAAUAUCUGGCAAGCAACGGAAAAAUCUUUUAUGUUCUAUUUAUUGGGUUGGUAAAGGGAAUGCUGGAAUUUCAGGGCACCUUUUGCUCACUUUGGGUGGCAACCUAUAGUGGUUGUGUUUAAGGGACAUUAACUGAUGUUUGAAUUUCACAUUUGGUCACAUAUUGACUCGCUAGGUACCUCAAUGUCGGCUGCUCGUUUAGUCACGAUUAUGAAGUCUCAGGAAUGGCCCAAUAGGAAUGUUGUAGCUGUUACACACAUCUACUGGGGGGGUGGGGGAGCAUGACUACCACGCCUUAGAUUAUUCCCCAUUAUAUUAUAGACUUUUGCACAGUCCCCCCCCUUUUUUGGCAUCCUUGAAACACUCUUCAUGAUAAAUAGGCAGUGGCCGUUUAAGAUCAGUUAAUUCCCAUAAAAAAAAUUAUCAAUCAAAUGCCAGUCCCUAAAUCAGACGUUUGAUGCAUCCUCAGUCAAGGCUUUCAUCUGGUCACUUGUUUUAUUGAUUAAUAAUAAAAAUAGCUAACCUUUUUAAUAUUAACACAUGAAUUCUGGGUUUGGGCUCGAUUAACUGAGUACUAAUUUUCCCCCAUUGAUGAAGCAAAGUUAGUCAAUCAAAAGUUUUAACAUUUUGGGGAACGCCUCAGGGCUUCCCUCUGUGUCCAUUAGAUAUUUUUGGUUGCCUUUUUUGUUAGGAGCGAAUGCUUAAAAGCUCUCGCCUAGAUCGAUGUAUUUCAGUAGCUUUUUUUUUUUUUUUUUAACCUUAAAAAUAUGUCCAACUUUCACUACAAUUCUGAAUUUGCACAAGUCAAGGGAACUCUGCAUGUUGCCCAUUUGUUAUUGGAGUAGUAUUCUGUUACACACUAUUUGUCCACUUUGUGCUUUCGUUCACUUUUCAAACUCAAGUGGCCAAAAUGCUUGCGUCAGUGUUUCUUAUCAGUCAGUGCCUUCCCUGCUGCAUCACGUGAUGUAAUGUUACUCCAGAGGUACAGUACCUGCAUUUUCUUGUAUGUAAAAUGUGUUAUGGCAUUAUGCUGAACCGUAUUCUUUACUGUCGCUCAACUGUAUCCCUUUUUGGUGUUUUUGUGUCUGCUAGUUUUAAUUGAUUAUAUGAGAUGUUUUCUAAUUGAUGGUCAAUAAAAGUGAUUUGAAAGUUU